AUGAAUAAAGGUAAUUUUGGACUUCUCCCAAACCAGAGUUUUUAUGCAUCACCUUGCGAACUCGAUUGCGUCGCUAAGGUCCGUGAUCUAGAGGCGGCUUCGAAAUCCAUAUCGGUGUUUCUGGUGAUGGUCGACGGUGAUAUUGAGGCCAAUUGCGUGAGGACGGCGGGAAGCCACACGAGGAACCUCCUGGGAGUCAAACGCGGCAUAGUCAUGUUCAAUGUUCUGUUCGAGCACAUUAUUUCCUCAGAAGGAAAUUCUCUCAAGGGCCCAGCCUCGAAAGCUUAUGUGCAGGUUUUUUCUCCUUAUCAUGCGUGGGCCAUCAUAAAGGCGGUUGCUGCCGGAAUGUUGCCCUUCCUACUAAGGCCAGCUGCUGGGUAA